AUGACGAAGGACAGGUUAGCGGCGCUUCAAGCGGCGCAGAGUGACGAUGACGACGUUGGGCCCGACGAUGUCAACGUCGCCGUCGAAGGCGGCUUCAUGGACGAAUUCUUCAGUGAGGUGGAAGAGAUACGAGAAAUGAUAGACAAGAUACAGGCGAACGUAGAGGAGGUGAAGAAGAAGCACAGUGCCAUCCUGUCAGCACCGCAGUCAGAUGAAAAAACAAAACACGAAUUAGAAGAUCUAAUGGCCGAUAUUAAGAAAACUGCCAACAAAGUAAGAGGAAAAUUAAAACACAUAGAGCAGAACAUCGAGCAGGAGGAGCACUCGAACAAGUCGUCGGCGGACCUGAGGAUAAGGAAAACGCAGCACUCGACGCUGUCGCGCAAGUUCGUCGAGGUGAUGACCGAGUACAAUCGCACGCAGACGGACUACAGGGACCGCUGCAAGAACCGGAUACUGCGGCAGCUGGAGAUCACCGGCCGCGCGACCACCGACGACGAGCUGGAGGCGAUGUUGGAGCAGGACAACCCGGCCGUCUUCACUCAGGGGAUAAUAAUGGAGACGCAACAAGCGAAGCAGACGUUGGCCGACAUAGAAGCGCGGCAUGCGGACAUUAUCAAACUGGAGACCUCCAUUCGCGAGUUGCACGACAUGUUCAUGGACAUGGCGAUGCUCGUCGAGAGUCAGGGUGAAAUGAUCGACCGCAUUGAGUAUCAUGUAGAGCACGCUGUGGACUAUGUCCAAACUGCCACACAAGACACUAAGAAGGCGCUAAAAUAUCAGAGCAAAGCGCGACGGCGCGAGCAGGGUGAACUGAUAGAUCGCAUCGAGCACCACGUCACGCAGACCACUGACUACGUGGGCUCGGGGCAAGAGGAGCUCGUGCAAGCGCUCCACUGGGCGACCAAAGCUCGGAAGAAAAAGAUCUUCAUCAUUAUAUGCCUCUCCGUUACGCUGGUUAUAUUGAUUAUUGUACUCGCGAUCGUGCUCAGC